AUGACUUCCAUUGGCGCCAUGUACGCUGGUUCCUCGAAUGCGACUGCAUAUGGCAUGGCUGUGCACCAGGCAUUGCGCCCAAUUCUUCUAAACGAAUGCCUCAAAUGCCCCGAAAACUCUGUCAAAAUGGAAGAAAUAUUUGAAGCUCUUAUCCUGACAGAGGUAAUGUCAUUAUACGUGGGUAAAUUCCAGGAAUCCAAGUACGUUCGCGAAGCCAGGACUAUUCUCGUAUCCUUUGCGCAGAGGGCAAAUCUUCUUACAGAACCAUCUCACCAAUGGGGUUCUGUUUGUCAAUGUGAUCGCAAUCAAUCUGAAGAGAGCCUCGCCCGCUGGAUCCACAUGGAGAGAAGACGGCGGCUGGCCUUCGCGUUUCUGCGAUGUGAAACUUACUUCUGCAUUCUGUUCAACACGCGACCGCUGGUUUCGCAUUUCGAUUUUGAUUUGAAAAUACCAUGCAGUCAAGAACUAUGUACCUACGUCGGCCCAGAUUGGCGCGAGAAGCUGUUGACUGCUUCUCAGGCGCCGAAUUCGUGCCAACCGUAA